GCUGGGCCCAAGAAAGAACUUCCCAGCUCGGUUGCUCACAAAAGCGGAGCUCACCCAGCUCGCCCGCGCGUCUUUUGCUUCCCCUGAAUCAGAGGGAAGCUAAUUCUUUCACCCAAGGACUCAUCACCCACCUGCGAACACAAAUACCUGCAUUUCCCCCCCAGAAACGUGCUUGUGUGAACGCGAGUGCAUGAAAUAGCCAUGGUCACGAGGGUUGAAAAAUAACAGAGAACAAGAAUUCCUGAAGGUGAAGGCGUUAGAAUUUGACAUAAUGUCUCUUAAGAAGUCUUGUUUUUAAUACGUUUGACCCCCUCUUAUAUAUUUAGGCAAUACGUAUUUUUAAAUUGUUUUCUUGUACAUACCAUUAAGUUCAGGAGGGGGGAGAGAUGAAAAGAGCAAAGAACAAUGGAAGAGCCAGAAGAACAGGCUAAAAGGUACAUUCUUUAAACAAUGUACCAUCUAUAGUUGCUACAGUAACUUGGACCACGGGCACUUGUUGAAAAUUAGAGUUGAUGUGCUUUUGAAACUGGUUUUCCUAAAGUUUUUUUCCCCCAGAUAUUUGUAUGGCACAUUACUUUUGGAACCAUUCCCUACAAUUGUUUGAAAGGAGAGAUGGAAGAAUGAAUGGAUGACUGAAUGUAAGAAUAUGUUAGAAUUUUCAGGGUAGUCUUACAAUAAUUCUAGAUGGAAUAGUAAGUUAGUUCCAAAAGCCAGAUGCAUCCUCUUUGUAAAUGAUCUUAACUGAGACUCAGUUAUGAUACAAGACAAGGUUAAUUUUAAAUUAAAAGAAUUUAUUAAGCACAAAAAGUGACCAUGAUUACAUUUGGUAAACAGCCAUUUCUAUUUUUUCCCCCCCUUGGAGGCUCAAAACAAUGUUAAACUGUUAAAUACUAAUUAGAAUAAAAUAGUGGACAUGUGUUGGCAACUGCUAGUGUCAUAUGCGAUUUCAAUGUGCUUUUUCUGUAAGUGGCACAGGAUCUCUCAUGAGCCAGCUGGUUUAUUCCCAGCUGCUUAUGCAUGCUUGGCUGGUUUAUAAUGCAUUACUGUAUUUUCUUCAGAAAUCUUAAUGAAGUAGCUCACUGUGGAAGAAUCUGGAACCCUAGAUAAAAAUGGCUUUCCAUGUGGAAGGACUGAUUGCUAUCAUCGUGUUCUACCUUCUAAUAUUGCUGGUUGGAAUAUGGGCUGCCUGGAGAACCAAAAACAGUGGCAGCUCAGAAGAGCGCAGCGAGGCCAUCAUAGUUGGUGGCCGAGACAUUGGUCUGCUGGUGGGUGGAUUUACCAUGACAGCCACCUGGGUCGGAGGAGGUUACAUCAACGGGACAGCUGAAGCAGUGUAUGUACCAGACUAUGGUCUAGCUUGGGCUCAGGCACCAAUUGGAUAUUCUCUUAGUCUGAUUUUAGGUGGUUUGUUCUUUGCAAAGCCUAUGCGUUCCAAAGGAUAUGUGACUAUGUUAGACCCGUUUCAGCAGAUCUAUGGAAAGCGCAUGGGUGGGCUCCUAUUUAUUCCUGCGCUAAUGGGAGAAAUGUUUUGGGCUGCAGCCAUUUUCUCUGCCUUAGGAGCCACCAUCAGCGUGAUCAUUGACGUUGAUGUGCAAGCUUCUGUCAUUGUUUCUGCGCUCAUUGCCACUCUCUACACACUGGUGGGUGGUCUGUACUCCGUGGCCUACACGGAUGUAGUUCAGCUUUUCUGCAUCUUCAUAGGCCUGUGGAUCAGCGUCCCCUUCGCCCUGUCACAUUCUGCAGUUGCUGACAUUGGGUACACUGCUCUGCACACCAAAUACCAAAAGCCUUGGCUGGGGACCAUUGAAUCAUUUGAAAUCUACACUUGGCUUGAUAGUUUUCUGUUGUUGAUGCUGGGUGGAAUCCCAUGGCAAGCCUACUUCCAGAGGGUCCUCUCUUCAUCCUCAGCCACCUAUGCUCAAGUGUUGUCAUUCCUGGCAGCUUUUGGGUGCCUGGUGAUGGCUUUACCAGCCAUACUCAUUGGGGCCAUUGGAGCAUCAACAGACUGGAACCAGACUACAUAUAAGCCUCUAGAUCCCAAGGACAACGAUGAAGCAGACAUGAUUUUACCAAUUGUUCUGAAGUACCUCUGCCCUGUGUACAUCUCUUUCUUUGGUCUCGGUGCAGUUUCUGCUGCUGUUAUGUCAUCAGCAGAUUCUUCUAUCUUGUCAGCAAGUUCCAUGUUUGCCCGGAACAUCUACCAGCUUUCAUUCAGACAAAAUGCAUCAGACAAGGAAAUCAUCUGGGUUAUGCGAAUCACAGUGUUUGUGUUUGGAGCUUCUGCCACAGCCAUGGCCUUGCUGACGAAGACUGUGUAUGGGCUCUGGUACCUCAGCUCAGACCUCGUUUACAUCAUCAUCUUCCCGCAGCUGCUCUGUGUGCUCUUCGUCAAGGGAACCAACACGUAUGGGGCUGUGGCAGGUUAUGUGUCUGGCCUUUUCUUGAGAAUAACUGGCGGGGAGCCAUAUCUGUACCUGCAGCCCUUGAUCUUUUAUCCUGGUUAUUACCCUGAUAAGAAUGGCAUAUAUAAUCAGAGAUUCCCAUUUAAAACCCUUUCCAUGGUUACCUCAUUCUUGUCCAACAUUUGCAUCUCCUAUCUAGCCAAAUAUCUAUUUGAGAGUGGAACCUUGCCACCCAAAUUAGAUGUGUUUGAUGCUGUUGUUGCAAGGCACAGUGAAGAAAACAUGGAUAAGACAAUUCUGGUCAAAAAUGAAAAUAUUAAAUUAGAUGAACUUGCACCUGUCAAGCCCCGACAGAGCAUAACUCUCAGCUCAACUUUUACCAAUAAGGAGGCCUUCCUCAACAUUGAUUCAAGUCCAGAAGGGUCUGGGACUGAAGAUAACUCCUAAUGACCCCAUCCACAUAAAAUACUGCUUUCACAAACAGAGUGUUAUAGCAGGCUAGUCCAGGAAAGAUGGGUUGCAUCAUAUAAAAAAUAUACUUAAAAAAUAAACAGCAUUCAGGUGGAUAAAAAUCCAUAUAAAAGUGCAGUUGCACAAAUGCAAGCCAAGUUAGAAGGAAUCAUGUAUGAAAGCAACAGAUUGCUUUCUCAUCGGUAUUUCUCAUCCUCGUUUGACUCUGACUCUAGAUAUUUUUGUUAAAUAUUCAAAAGUGAAUUAAGCCCCACUCAAAGAACAGAGGGUUAGAGUAUUUAUCUUUAUUCAGAAAAAAGAAGUAGGUAUGAAACAGCCAAGGAAAUUCAGUAGACUUGCUCUAGACCUUGUCUGCUAAUGCACUAGUAGGUCUGGUUUAUUUUCAUGAUGAAGUUCAGAGAGUAACUUGCCAUCACUCAAAUGAAUGGUGCAAGAAAUUAAUGGGUGAUUGUCCUGGUGUCCUGAUGGUUAACCUAUUCUUGCAUCUUCUGAACUAGAACAUUUGCUGAAUAUGCAAUUUGUUUCUCUUUGUAGUGACACACAUUAUUCUGAGCACAGGCAAAGCAAACACAUAUGCAAAAUACUGUGUCGUGGAAUUUCUUUAUGCACAAGGUAAUAGGAAAAGUAGAAUCCAUCUUUGUAGAGGACCACUGGCUCCUCUGAGUGUGCCUAACAGCUACCAUGUGUAUUGAGAAGCAUACCUAGAGUAUGGAAGGCAUGAUUAUUAGACAUCCUUAAAGCAAUAAAUCAAGAAGGCCAUUAAGCAGAAAGUGACAAGAGCAGGUUUUUGUCUUCAUCUAAAGUUUAUAAAGUUUUGCUUCAUGAUAAAAGAAGUAGUGUCCCAUAUUACUAUCUAAAUUGGUACUGGAAGUGAAAUUGAGCCUUAUCUAAGGUGAGAUAACAGUAUAGCGCCAAUUAAGAUUAGUGAGAGACAAAUGGCACCUCCUGAUAAAACUAGAAAAAUAAAACCCUCUCAAUUUUGGAUAUUCAUUAGUGAAGAUGAUUUAAUGUUAAGAGAGUGACUCUGUGGCACUUUUUGCAAAAGCCAGUCUUAGGUACUAGACAAAUCAUCACUACAAAAAGUAGACAGUGAAUUUUAAGAUGCAGAUGAAAGAAGAAAAUAAAAAUAAGUCCUAAAGGGAAAAAGCCAUCAAUUUUAACAUUUGGUGUCCACAUAACUUUCAUGAGGUUGGUCAUUAAAUAUUAUUUUGCUCCUUUUCUGGAGUUAAAAAAUAUGUGUGUGUGUGUGUGU